UCAGUAACAGACCUACUAUGUAUUAAACAUGACAUCAACUCUAUGCUAAAACACUGAGCUAGCAAUUUAUGAUAUGGCCUCUCCUUCUCUCUCUGAUCUCUCCUCUGAUCUCUCCCUCUCCCUCUCUCUCAUUUUCCCCUAGAGAGGGAGCAGAUUCACCUCGUUUGAUCAGUAAUAGGAUGAUAUACCACAACAGGAGCAUUUUUCACCCAGAAACAUUCUUCCUCGUUGGAAUCCCAGGGCUGGAAGGAGCCCAUGCCUGGAUCUCCCUGCCUUUCUGCUCUGUUUACCUUGUGGCUUUGCUGGGCAAUGCCACCAUUUUGCUAGUCAUCAAGAUGGAGCAGACCCUGCGGAGAGAGCCCAUGUUCUACUUUCUGGCCCUCCUUUCAACUAUCGAUUUGGCCCUUUCCACAACCUCUAUGCCCCGCAUGCUGGGUAUCUUCUGGUUUGAUGCUCAUGAGAUUAACUUUGGGGCUUGUGUGGCCCAGAUGUUUUUGAUCCAUACUUUUACUGGCAUGGAAGCUGAGGUCUUGCUGGCCAUGGCCUUUGACCGUUAUGUGGCGAUCUGUGCUCCACUCCACUAUAGGACCAUCUUGACAUCCCGGGUGCUGGUGGGCAUCAGCAUGUGCACUGUAGUUCGUCCAGUUCUGCUUACGCUUCCCAUGAUCUAUCUCAUCUACCGCCUACCCUUUUGUCAGGCUCGUGUAAUAGCUCAUUCCUACUGUGAACACAUGGGCAUUGCAAAACUGUCCUGUGGUAACAUCCGUGUCAAUGCCAUCUAUGGGCUCUUUGUGGUUUCCUUCUUUGUCCUGAACCUGGUCCUUAUUGGCAUCUCGUACGUUUACAUACUCCGAGCUGUCUUCCGCCUCCCAUCACACGAUGCUCGGUUAAAAGCCCUAAGCACAUGUGGCUCUCACGUUGGGGUCAUCUGUGUUUUCUAUAUCCCCUCAGUGUUCUCCUUCCUCACUCACCGAUUUGGACACAAUAUACCACGCUACAUUCACAUUCUUGUUGCCAACCUCUAUUUGGUUAUCCCACCGUCACUCAACCCCAUCAUUUAUGGUGUAAGGACCAAACAGAUACGAGAGCGAGUACUCCAUGUUUUUAUUCAAAAAUAA